AUGAAUGGCCGCAUCCUAUUCAGCUUAAUCUUAUUAUCUAUUGGAUGUUGUUUUGAUGCAGUUCGAACGACAAAAAAUGAAGAAAUUCAGAAGUUUACGAUUCAAAUGAUUGGAUACUCUCCCCAAAAGACCGAUGACUAUGUGGCAGUGUCUGUAGAAGCAACACCUGGAUAUGUUGUCGGCUUCGAGCCAAUGGCCCAUGCCGAUCGUGUUCACCACAUGCUUCUUUACGGAUGUACAAUGCCAGCUAGUGAUCAAGGAUUCUGGAGAGGGAUGGAAACUUGUGGAUGGGGAGGAGGAAGUUAUAUCCUAUACGCAUGGGCUCGAAAUGCUCCGAACCUAGUACUUCCGAAAGAUGUGGCGUUUUCGGUUGGACACGAACAGGAUGGUAUCAAAUACUUCGUCCUUCAAGUUCACUAUGCUCAACCGUUUGCUGGAGAGGUUCAUGAUUUUUCGGGAGUCACAAUGCACAUUUCACAGAGGAAACCAAUGAAUUUGGCUGCUGUUAUGUUAUUUGUCAGGAACAACAUCACAUGCAUGUUUUCUUCUUCCACUCCAAUUCAUCCAUUUGCAUUCCGUACCCAUACCCAUGCUAUGGGACGUUUAGUAUCAGCAUUCUUCAAACACGAUGGACACUGGACCAAAAUCGGAAAACGUAAUCCACAAUGGCCGCAACUUUUUGAAGCUAUUCCAUCGAAGUUGACUAUCGGAAAAGGAGAUCAAAUGUCGGCGUCGUGUCGUUUUGACAGUAUGGAUAAGAACAGAACUGUCAAUAUGGGAGCCAUGGGUGUUGAUGAGAUGUGCAAUUUCUAUAUGAUGUUCCACUAUGAUGCUAAGAUGGAAAAUCCGUAUCCACAAGGAGCAAUCUGUUCACAGGAUCACCCAAAUUUGAUGAAGGAUUAUCCUGCCGAUGGUUUUGAGUUACUUCCCACUCGCCCUGAACUAGAACAUCAUGCACACCAAUCGAAAAUUCCAUUUGGUAUUGUUCAAGAAGCAAUCCAUGAAAAGCUGGGAGGAAUCAAAUUAGGUCAAGUGGCAGGAUUGGCAUUCAACAAUCAGAAGCAACUAUUAGUUUUUCAUCGAGCCGAAAGAGUAUGGGAUGCUAACACAUUCGACAACUACAAUAUUCUUCUUGACAAGACACCAAUCAAAGAUCCAGUUAUAUUAGUUGUCUCUUUUAAUGGAAAUCAGACUAGAUUGGACAAAAAACUAGGAGCAGGAAAAUUCCAUUUGCCUCAUGGAAUCUACGUAGAUAAGGAUGAUUUUGUUUACACAACGGAUGUGGGAUCUCAUACAGUAUCCAAGUGGAAGAUCGAAGGAGAAGAAUUGAAAAAUAUUUGGACAAGUGGAGAGUCGAUGUUGCCAGGGCCAGAUCAGAAGCACUACUGCAAGCCAACAGGAAUCACCAGAAUCGGAGACCAGCUGUAUGUGACCGAUGGAUAUUGUAACAGUCGAGUGGUAGUUCUGGAUUUGAAUGGCAAAUUUAUUCAACAAUUCGGAUUGCCUGGAGAAGAAGCAGGACAAUUCAACCUUCCUCAUGACAUUGUUUCGGAUUCUCAAGGACGCAUUUUGGUGACCGACAGAGAAAAUGGAAGGGUUCAGCAUAUGACAACUCAAGGGCAUGUUAUUGAGGAAUUCAAAUCGACAAUGUUCAACAACAUUUAUUCGGCUGCAAGUCACGAGGAUUAUGUGUUCAUGGUUCCUGGAAGGCCGAUAAUGGGUCACGAAUCCGAGGGUAUCGCAGUGUUCGUCGGAAGAUCUGGAGCGGGACUAAUCGAGUAUUCGUUUGGACCAGCAACACGUGGCAAACGGGAACAGAUGGGACCACAGUUUGGACAGCCACACUGUUUGAGAGUCUCACCCGAUGGAGAUCAAAUAUUUGUGGGAGAUAUUGCUGAGGGCAAAGCAAGACUCUGGCAAUUCAAGGUACAACGAGAAGAAAAUAUGUCAUCCAUGACGUCUUCAAUAUCAUUGGGAUGGCCAUCCUUAACACAAACGGAUGCAAAAUACAACUCAUUUUUCGUGUUGUUGGCUAUUGCCAUCCUAGUAUUAGGAGCAUAUUGUGUUAGAAGGAGGUGUCGAAAUUUGGAGAAUGGAGGAACACUUUUUGAUAAAAGAGGAUUCAAACCACUCCGAACUGAAGAGACUGUCGGAUUCAUUAGCGAUGGAUCAGAAAGUGAUUAG